GCUUUAAUGUCAGAGAAAUGUCACAACAAAUGCUCUUUUUCCUGUAGGUACUGAAACUAAAAAAUAGUGAAACAUGCCACCAAAAUUCGACCCUACAGAAGUUAAAUUAGUUUAUCUUCGCUGUGUUGGCGGUGAAGUUGGUGCAACAUCAUCAUUAGCCCCCAAAAUUGGUCCACUUGGAUUGAGUCCGAAAAAAGUGGGUGAUGAUAUUGCAAAAGCCACUUCUGAUUGGAAAGGAUUGAAGAUUACAGUUUGCUUAACAAUUCAAAAUAGGCAGGCAGCGAUUUCUGUUGUACCCUCAGCAGCUUCCCUUAUCAUAAAAGCUUUGAAAGAACCACCACGCGAUAGAAAGAAGCAAAAGAAUAUUAAACACAGUGGAAAUAUAACUUUUGACGAUAUACUUGCUAUUGCACGCACUAUGAGACCAAGAUCAAUGGCUCGAGGUUUAGAUGGUACUUGCAAAGAAAUUUUAGGAACUGCGCAAAGUGUUGGAUGCACUAUAGACGGAAGACCUCCACAUGAUCUGAUUGAUGAUAUCAAUAGUGGAGCACUUGAAGUACCUUCAGAAUGAUUUGUAUUUUCAAUGAUUGUGUAAAAAGCUACAAAUUACAUGCAAAUAUAUUGAAGGAAAAGUGUUGCAAAA